UGCACUCUCUCUCUCUGUCUCCCUCCCCCUUACCAGUGUUACCGUUUGGAGACGAACUCUUCGCCGCCGGCAAGACCUGCCGCUUGUACCGCUGUCACGCCGGAGGGAGUUGUGGUGUUGUCCGAUCAAUAACGCCUUGCAAUCAUAUGAAAUGAUUGUUCAUUGAGUUAGUAAUUGUUGCGAGAGAAGUAGGCAUGAAGCUGAUUUCACUUGUCAGAAAUGUUCAUUCUCGCCAUUGCCGGCCGGAGGUAACUCGGUGUCUGCAACUGCGUUUCUUCCAGCAUGACUUUGUUCCCAGAGACCCAAAAUCCAAACCGAAGAAAUACAAGUACCCGCCAGUAUACGACCCGUAUGGCCCGAGACCUCCACCUGCCGACAAAAUCAUAGAGCUAGCAGAGAGUAUAGCCACCCUACCUCCAGAAGAACGCAGACUAAUCGGCCCUAUGCUUCAUGAACGGCUAAAACACCCGAAACUCCAAGCUGUAUCGACAGAAGGCAUGGAUGUCGGUGGAAAAACAGAUUCUGGACCCGGAAAAGUCGAGGAGAAGAAGGAGAAGACCGCGUUUGACGUGAAGCUAGAGAAGUUUGAUGCGUCGGCAAAGAUAAAGGUGAUAAAAGAAGUGAGGGCAUUCACGAACUUGGGGCUGAAGGAGGCGAAGGAGCUCGUGGAGAAGGUCCCGUCCGUGCUUAAACAAGGGGUGACAAAGGACGAAGCUAAUCAGAUCAUAGAGAAGAUCAAAGCUGCUGGUGGAGUUGCAGUCAUGGAAUGAUAGAUUCUUUUCUUUGCUCCCUUUGUUUCUGGGUUCCUUUCCUUUUUAUUUGCCUAUCAUCUUGUGCUGUUAUUGGACACAUGAGAAGUAAAGUAUCUCCAAAUCUAGGUGGGGAAUGUUUUGUACGAAUAAUUAAGUGUUUUUUUGAGGAUUUUUUUACCUUAAACUUCAUUUCCCAGUU